AAAUAACGAACGUGUAUCCGAUGUUUUUCGCGACCCAGUGCCAUAUAUAUACAUAUUCGUCCACUAUUUGUGUUUAUUUGUUUUCGCCGCUCCUCGCUUGUUCCUGUCACUAGCGUUGCGUCACGUCACGUCAAACGCGUCGCGGUCUUCGAGGGGCGCGUGUCCAAUCGUCGGUGACAUCCGCGAUUUUUCAAAUUUGAACCGCUGGGAAUCGAUUCGACCGGUGCCGUUUAACCUCCCGGGCGCGAAAUUGCUCGAGGAGACGCGCGAACGUGAUGUGAAGGAUCGCUGACCCGUUCGUUUGGCCAGCCUUUCUCGUUGAAUACUUCGCUGCGCGAGGAGACAACAAAGGACUCGACGAUGUUCACGCCGAUAAAAGGCUUCGGCGGGUUGAGCGACACGCUGCUAAACACACCUCAGCCGCAGGCGUCGUCCACCGUUCGCAGAAGGAGCCCAUUGGAUAAUAGAUUUAACGAUAAGCACAGCAUGAACAAAACACAGGAUGAACAAAAUAUAACAUACGAGGAAGUGGCACAGAAUGAAAAGGAGUCAUCGUUAGGUCUCUUGCAUGAUAUAUCACUUCGCACAAAUAUGAGUACAAUAGAGAGUGAGCCGAAAUUGAAUUAUCCACAUACAGAUGCAACGCUUGAACGUGCCAGAAAACUUGUUCAGAGAUGCAGUGAUACUAGAAACUCUUUUCUAACUACAGAAACAAAUAAAGAAAAUAAUGCCAAUGUGCAAAAUUUAACAAGCAACUUAGCUGUUUCAAAUUUUAAUUUGCCAAAUGAGGUUGGUAUACUUGAAUCAAAUCAUGAGUCCAAUAUUAAUCGUUUGACAAAUGAAGUCAUGGGGACUAAUGUUACUUUUGAUCCUAAUGAAAUAACGGCGCGUUCAUCGCCGUCUGAUGACGAUAAUAGUGUUAAAAAACAAUCUGUUUUAAGUAAAACUUUCAAUGGCAUUAACUUCAGUAUGGAGGAUAUAAUGGCACAAGCCAAUAAUGAAAUGAUAGCACAACUCAAUAACGAAGAAUUUCUAUCAGGGUCGAAAAUAGCUGAACAAUUAUCAGUUGAUGAAGCUCAUUGGCAACAAGAUCGUACAUUUUGUAUGCCUGUCAUGAAUACAGAAAAGCAGAAAUUAAAUCUUUCUUCUUUUUCUGGUAUCAUGGGACAUUUAGAUUUAACAUCAGAAUCUCGUGUUGGAGAGAAAUUAUCUAUCGGCCAAUACUUUGAACGUAAAUCUGCUGAUAUAGGAAUGUUGGAUAAUGAACAAGUAAGACCAAAUUUUGAACUUACUUCAGAAACUUCCACAAAAAGGGGAAAUUUAGAACCAUUAAUUGAGUCAAUUAACUUCACAGAUGCAACAUUAUCAACGGAAUCAAAGGAGGAAACAUUCGUUUCAAAUGCAACAAGAGACAUAGAUGAACGUAGUCUUAUAAGUUUAAGCACUAUUCUUAAUACUUUACAAAAUGUUAAUAGUGGCACUCCACGACGAUUAGUUGAUCAGAUUUUACUAGCACAGAAGAAAAAAAAUAGUCCAGUAAAGAAAAACGAUAUAACACAAGAAAUUUAUGCAUUGCCUUCCGAUAGAAAGUCUAUGCUAGCAACAACUACUGGGAAUUCCAACAAAUUUGAUGAAGAUGUUCUAGAAAAUCUUUCAACAAAAUUAUCACUGGAUAGUAGAACUAAUUGUACAACUAAAAAUGAAAUGACAAGUGAAACUGUUAAAAAUGAACCUAUUAGUGUGAAACAAGAAUGUUCGAGAAUGUUGUCAUUUGCUUCAAAUAAAAAUAUGAAUACAGUUGAAUCUUUAACAAAUGCAUAUGAAGGAAAAAUAGUAAAAAAGGAAGAAAAUAAGAAUGCGACUUGUUCGUUUAAUCAAAAUGCAGAAGCAUCAGAUGCUACAUUGAUUUUACAAAAUUCCAAAUUGUCCAAUGAAAAAUUUAUGUUAUUAUCUCACGUAUUAUCCAAAAAGGAUUUAAAAAAUUAUGAUGAAAGCUACAAUGAUUUAAAUAUACAAAGAAAAAAAAUGAUAGAAAAUGAUAUUUCUUAUAAUAAUAUAAUGGAUCCAUCGCUCUCUAUAAAUAUAAGUGCAGAAAUGCAACCUAAUUUAAACAGUGUUGUUAUUGGAAAAAAUACAGAACGAUUGUGCAAUUGCAUCAUUGGUAUAACAAGUGAAGUUAAUAUUGAACUUCGAAAUGAUGGAGAUAAAUGGAUUACAUAUUCUUUAGAAUUAAACGAUGUGCAUGGAGAUAUGCAAAGUAUUGAAUUAAAUAUACCUGAAUAUGAACAUUUAAUAGAACCUAAUGGGACGCAUUCUACAAUGAUCAAAGUGAAAGUAACACAAAUGUGUAAACAAAUAUUUGUAGGAUUAAAUAUAAUCUUAUCGGAUAUGGUGGCAAAAUCAAAAUGGUGUUUGAAGCACAUGAUUUGUGUUAAUCCAGAACACCUUAAUCUAGAUAUUAUAUGCGACUCUCCUAAACUGGAACUGGAUUUUCAAUAUAUUACGAUAAAUUCGACAAAAAUUCUACCUAUAAUAUUUCACAAUAAAAACAGUAUUGAUGUGCCUAUUAAGCUUUUUAUAUUACAUGAUGGACCGAAAAUAUUUAACAUUGAUGGUAUUUUUGAUAAGUCGAUAAAGCUAAAUGAUUCUCAUGUAGAAAUUACUCAUUUAAUACUAAAAUCUCACGAAAAAUUUAAAGCUAAUAUAAAAUGUGAAUUACAAUCUACAUUGAUAGGUAAGUUUCAGGACCAAUCACAAUACUGGAAAGGCAAACUAAUUAUACGUGUACAAUGCAGUGAUGGCAAUAUAUUAUUCCAGAAAGAAGUGCCUCUUUAUGCACAAAAAGGUACCUGUAAGAUUCAAAUCGUUGAUACAGAGGUACCAAUAAUCGUUCCAAGACAGCAGAGCAAGUUGCUACAUAUCAUUAAUACGGGGAAUGUGGCGACGCACGUAUCCGCCACUAUUGUGUCUAUUGAAGGAUAUCCAAACUCAGCACAUAAUUUUUCUAUAGAACCGGCUGAUAUAUUCUUGCAAGUUGAAGAAAGGAAUUCAUUCUCAAUUUUAUAUAAACCGCAAGUUUCAGCUAACUCUCUAGAUAAUAACAGUUGUGCAAAGGUGAAAUUAGUCGCCGACAACAAUGUUUAUUUUUACAUCAUAAAUACUGAACAAAAACUGGAAUCAGAAAACUAUUUACGUUGCCAAACACCCAGUAAUGUUGUAUCUUUAAGUCCAGCAAUAUCACCACAAAGUGUAACUUCUAAUAGAUCUGGACUUUGCGAUAGAAAUUCACCAAUCAGUACAGUAUCUAGUUUAGCUGUAGCAGGGAAUACAAUUCCGAUCAAAUCGACACAAUCUGCUCUAGUAUGGAAUAGUGUAAAAACAGGGAAGAAUGAAACUAAGGAAUUUACAAUCCGUAACACGAGUGAGAAUAAGAUUAAAAUUCAGAUAGACAUAUGGGAUGACAAGAAUAGUUUUAAGUUUCUUGGAGAUAGACAGACUUCCACUACAAGCAUGGUAUUGGCAAUGCACCGUCAAGAACUUAAAACACUAGCUGUUAUCUUUAGUCCGUAUCAUACAGGUCCAGUAACUGGAAAAAUCACUAUCAAACAUUAUAUAAGAGAUGACAGUGAUUCUCAGCAAUGCAAACGAAUACCUUUGUAUGGAUACGGUGGAUAUAGCAAGAUAAAAAUUUUAAAUAUAUUUAAAGAUGUGAGUGGAAAGAUGGGAUUAUCAUUUGGUUCUUUGUAUUCUGGAACAACAGUCUUGACCACAGAGAUUACACUACAAAAUACUGGGGACUUACAUUCAUUUGCUAAAAUCAAAGUUAUUCCAAAAGUUAUUUCUCCAACAAUGGAUUCUAAUUGGCAUAUAAAUCCCAAAGAAUUGAUUCUCAAUCCUAAAGAGACUCGACGAGUUAAAAUAGAAUUCUCUCCCAAGAAAGAAGAUUUCGCGAGAUUACAACGUUCAGAAGUGUCACAGGUUGCAACGAUAAACAUUACUUGGGGGGAUGAACCAACCCGCUGGAGAAUACGCAGAUUGUAUAAUAAAAUUAAAGAAUCCGAAAAUGAAAACGAGGCAUUCAAAAAUAUCGUUCAUCCUAUAUGUAAACCUUUCCCUGGGGAGCAACUAAUUCCUGGUUUAUUUUCGAUUCGUGAUUCCGUUCAAAACCUAAAUGAUCUUUGCACCGGAGUUCAUCAAUAUGAAAUAAUGCUUACUGUGGAAGCGUGUACUGACGAUACUUUGCCACUUCAUUAUGAUGCUGAUGAAUCGCAGAUGUAUCAUUCUUUAAGUGAAAUUACCCAUGUAGACGAAGCGGGUGGAGCAAGUUUUUUCGCUUCUCAAACUAUGGCGGAGCAUGAAACUCAGCAUUCCAGAUUACCGGAACAAUUCACAGUAACUCCGUCCACCGUCGUUCUCAAUCCUCCGCUACAGAACGAGGCAACUGUGACGAUUUUUAGUUUAUUAAAAAGAGACGAGCCAUUCCAAACCAAUGUGUCAAAUUCGAAUUAUAUCCGUGUCAUUCCCGCAGUAGGAAUGUUACAGAGCAAAAAAAACUUCCCCUUGAAGAUACAAUGUUCGCAAAGGAUAGAACGUAAUAUGCAGGCUUUACUUGAGAUUUUUACAGAGAACAACAAACAGGAAGUGUUCAUUAAAGUCGUAAAACGACAGUAAAUUAGAUGCACAAUUUUAUAAUCAGAAUAUUUAUUUAUAAUUAUUGUAAUUAAUGAAUUUUAUAUACAAGAGCGAUAUUUUUUAUCAAUGUAAUACCAAUUUUUAACGAA